AUGUUGGCUCUAAGUGACAGUCCAAGGUUGUUCUACGAUAUAUUCCGGCGCUUGGUCGAUACUCUUCCCAGCGGCGGAGAAGAAAUCCUUCACUUUUUAAGCCAUAUCCCAACACCAGGGGCUGUAACCGCUGUGAUUGUUACUUGGCUAGUUCUGGUUCGUGCAUGUCGUUGGCGACGGUACAACGCGAUCCAUCGUAAAUAUGAGGAUAAGUGGGAUAAUGGCAGAGGGGAGAUCACACCGGAGGAGGCCCAGGAGAUCGUGAAUGUGUCAUUCAUGUAUGAGAUGCCACUGCUGCUUAACUAUGCUGUUGCGUUUGCCUUGUUCAAGACGUAUGGGAUUCCGUCGAUAUCUUCAUUGCUUGUGUCGACAAAGCAACUGAAGGAGAACGUUUCGAGGAGAUACGCAGAUACAGAACUUAUGAUAGCCACAUUCUUCGGGUGCCCAAUAUCCGGAUUCAGUGACCCAUCUUUCCAUCCUGAUCCCAGCGUUCCGGCAGAUGAUCCCAGGGCAAUGAUAGCUGUGGCACGCAUGAAUUAUCUGCAUUCCCUGCAUAGGAUUGCCAACGAGGAUUAUCUUUAUACACUUUCCUUGUUUGUAUUGACGCCCAGUCUUUGGGCAAGUCGUUGGGGGUGGCGCUCUGCCUCGCCUCUUGAGCAACAUGCGUACUAUAUUUUUUGGUAUGAAAUUGGGAAAAGAAUGGGAAUUAAAGACAUUCCCGAUAGCCUACAAGGUCUCAUAGAAUGGUCCGAGGAUUACGAGGAGCGCAAUAUGAUCCCGUCAGAUUCUAAUCAUGAACUCGCAGAAUAUACACUCGACGAACUGCUUUUGAAAAGUUCGGGGUAUAGGAUUGAAGAAAUGGGACCUCCCCGGUUUGAGAAUGCCGGACACGAGGAAGUUAUGCGUCGCGCAGCCCAGCUACAAGGCCGCCCAGUGAAAGGACACUACCUGACGACCAACUACCCGCCACAACGAGACGCCAUGUACGAUACUGUAACUUUAGUCUCCUCCGUUGAGACCAAGGUCCCGGCGGACUCACGACAGAUUUCUCGGACGCCCAGUCCAACACCAAGCGAAGCCAAGGCACUUCAGACGGGGUUUCUUGAUUGGAAGACAAUGAGGCAACCCAAGUAUUGGUUCAGGAGGGAAUGGCUUUGGUACUACAUUUUGCUUGCGGUUACUCUUGUCCUAGUGGGCUUGAUGACCAUCUACCACAAGCAGAUUGUAGAUUGGUUAACCCCGGUCACACAGUGGCUAUUCAAACUGAAGUUUGGGUGGCUAGUACCAAUCGGCGUGCUAUUCGUCAUUUCAUUCCCUCCUUUGUUUGGACACGAAAUUGUUGCUGUUCUCUGUGGACUGGUGUGGGGACUAUGGGUAGGAUUUGGCAUUGUCGCCGCUGGCACUUUUCUCGGAGAAGUAGGAAACUUCUACGCCUUUAGAUACUGUUGCCGAGCGAGAGGUGAAAAGCUAGAGAGGACAAGUAUCUUUUAUGCAUGCCUGGCACGGGUUGUGCGCGAUGGCGGAUUUAAGAUUGCUUUAAUCGCUCGUUUGAGCGCAAUACCUGGUCAUUUUACCACUGGCAUAUUUUCGGCAUGUGGCAUGGGGAUUAUCAUCUUUUCGAUCGCUGCUAUCCUUUCUCUCCCUAAACAAUUCAUCACAGUCUACCUUGGAGUCAUUCUUAAACAAUCCAAUGACGGAACCGAAGACACAAAAAGCAAAAUAAUCAGUGAUACGGUCCUCGGCAUUACUGUAGUUAUUACAUUUGUCGCAAUGUGGUAUAUUUUCCUUCAGAUGAAUAAAGUAACACCACAAGUCAUCUACGAGAGGCGAAAGGCGAGACAAGCGAAAUUGUCAAGAGCAACCGGCUCUCCAUACAUGCAUGCAGGACCAUCCAUGACAAACCCAGACGUCUUUAACCCAACUGGGUCAGAGUCGGACAUUCCACUCACAAGCACCCAUCACGACGCCGCACAUCAGCAAUGGGACCGCCAUGGCAAGGCCAUCGGUUAUGCACCAGAUCCCAACCUUUACACGCCCCAGGCACGUACACCUACAAGGCCUGUAUUUACCUCGAAUUAUCCCCGCGACGAGGAAGAGGCAGCCGGUCACCGACCGCUUCGAGAAGAAAGCACAGAUGAUGUAGAAUGGGAUAUUCCACAGCGUGGAACUACGUCCCCUCGACUGAACGCUGUUGUCUCACCAACUUCUUUACACAAUCCAUAUUCGCCUAACCACCGACGGGACUUUGAGAACGAGAUAGUUCAAACACCUACUCAGGCCAGCUUUGUCAACGAAGGGGCAGGUCCCUCAACUGUGCGGAUGGUACAGUCCAGUAGCAACAAGCCGCAUGGGUCUUUCGAUGUAGAGGACCCAUACGGCGGGUACGAGGUCCCCCACCGCCAUGGCCAUGCACAUGAACUCACUGCUUCAUCUUUCCGUACGGCGUACAGUAGCUCUCCUGACGCUAUGGAUGACGCUCCUAUACCCAAUCCACACGCUGCUUCGAGUCACCCCUACCCAGGCCCUAUAUACCCUUCUCCCAGACCACAAUCACCAAAACCUCCUAGUUAUGUCACAACCUUGCGCUGA